AUGGCUUCCAACAUCAUCUUUCGACGGUUCAAUUCGUUUCGUCAUUUUCAAGCUCGUCCUUUCUCAUCAGUUUUAAACCCUGAUUCCACCACUCCUCUCUCCAGCAAAGAGAAAUCACGCGCCGCUCUUUCUCUCCUCAAAACGGAGAAGAACCCGGAACGCAUCAUCGAUAUCUGCCGAGCAGCUUCACUCACACCGGAAUCACAUCUAGAUCGCAUAGCAUUUUCAAUCGCAAUUUCGAAGCUCGCGGAUUUGAAUUACUUGGAUGGUAUACGUGAUUUCAUCGAAGAGUUGCUUAAAACCCGACCGGAUUUGAACAACGAGAAGUUCAUCUCUCACGCGAUUGUCUAUUACGGUCAAGCUGGGUUGUUAGAUAAUGCAUUCCAACUGUUUGAUAAAAUGUCCCAGCUGGGUGUUGCUCAAAAUGCAAAAUCUUUAAAUGCGCUGCUGUUUUCUUGUAUGUUUGCCAAGAAAUACAAUGAGGUGAAACGUGUUUAUCUCGAGUUUCCAUUGAAAUACGGGGUGACGCCUAAUCUUGAUACAUACAACACUGUGAUCAAGUCCUUUUGUGAAUCAGGAUCAUCAAGCUCAUGUUAUUCAGUGAUUUCUGAGAUGGUUAGGAAGAACUGCAAACCAAAUGCAACCACAUUUGGUACUUUGAUUGCUGGAUUUUACAGGGAGGAGAAGCUUGAAGAGGUUGGAAAGGUGUUGGAGUUGAUGAGGAAACAUGAAGUUCCAAUAGGGAUCUCAACAUAUAACACCAGAAUUCAAAGCUUGUGUAAGCUCAAGAAAACAAAUGAAGCGAAAGAGUUGCUUGAUGGGCUUAUGUUGAGUGGAAUGAAACCAAAUUCUGUCACUUAUUGUCAUUUGAUUCAUGGAUAUUGCAAGGAGGGGAAGUUGGAUGAAGGCAAGAACUUGUUUCACAAGAUGAUUAACAGUGGCUUUAAACCUGAUAGUGAUUGUUAUUUUACACUGGUUAAUUAUUCGUGCAAAAAUGGUGAUUUUGAAGAAGCAUUGAAGGUUUGCAAACAGAGUAUGGAGAAAGAUUGGGUGCCGAAUUUUUCGACUAUGAAGAUGCUUGUUGAAGGGCUUGCAAAGAGUUCAAAAGUUAAUGAGGCAAAGGAGCUUGUUGAGAAGAUGAAGGAGAAGUUUCCAAAGAAUGCCUACAUCGAUUCCUCUUCUCCAGCAAGCAACAUCGACCUAUUUCUUCCUCUUCCAAUCGCCGGUCGAAGCUCCUUCCUCGUCUAUCAGGUAGCAGAGCAAUUGCUUACUCCUUGCCCUAAAUCCAUCUAUUUACUGUUGAAGAUGGAUUGGCAAGGACAGAAGGUAGCAGAGCAAUUGAUGCAGAUAUUGCUGGUGGUAUUUGCAGUUACAACAUUUAUAACAGGUUAUGUUGUGGGUUCAUUUCAACUGAUGUUGAUAGUGUAUGCUGGGGGGGUGAUUUUGACAACUUUGAUUACAAUUCCUAAUUGGCCCUUUUUUAACAAACAUCCUCUCAAGUGGUUGGAUCCAAGCGAAGCUGAAAAGCAUCCAAAACCACAGGUGGCUGUGACUUCGGUUUCAAAGAAGAAACCCAACAAGAAAUAGGCUAUGGCUAUUAUAUCAUAAUUGGGUCAUAUUGAAAUGAGAAUUGUGUUUUUUCGGAAUUUAUUAUGUUUUUAAUGUUUAUCUUGAUAAAUGAUAUAAGGCAAGAAGAUUGAAGAAAAAUAUUUUAAAUGAGUAGAGCAUUUGAAUUUGAUUA